AUGUGCAUUGGACCCAUCAAACUGCCGAGAGUUAGCGUUAACAGAAGUCCAUCAUUCAUGAUCAACGAGGAUGAUAUGCUGUUACUCAUGCUACGAACGGCAGCUUGGCACAAUGGGAAGCUACUGAUCCCCGGGGAUUUCAACACACCAGAGACAAACCGGAGUGAAGAAAGUGCUCCGUCGGGUUCCUCCGGCUCCGCGAUGCUGAACCUGCUGCAUGAUGAAGCUCUCGUGCAACGAGUAAGUGAAGAUAUGCGAUGGCGCGAUGGUAGCAAACCCAUCACAUUGGACCUGGUAUUGACAAAGUGGGUAAAUGCUAUAGAGAAUAUCCAGAUAAUGGCCCACUGGGGUUGA